AUGGCUUAUGAAAAGGCGGGCGAUGCUAAAGACGUCGCCUUUGAUAAGGUAGGGUCUGCUUAUGGCAAUGCGAAGAAGGCUAAAGAUUUUGGUUAUGAGAAAGCGGGUGAGGCCAAAGACUUUGCCUACAAGAAAGCUAGCAAUGCAAAGGACAUAACUUAUGAAAAGGCACAAGACGCAAAAGACUUUGCGUAUGACAAGGCGGGUCACGGGUAUGACAAGUCCGGUGAUGUGAUUAGGAUGGCGACAGACAAGAGCGGUGAAGCCUAUGAAGGAAUCAAAGAGAAAUCACAGAAUGCCAAAGAUAUGGCAGCUGAUAAAGCCGAACGUGCAAUGAAGUAUGGUAGAGACAAAGCAACAGAAGCAAUGGAUGGAUCAGCUAAGUAUAUGCAAGACAAAUCACACAAAGGCAAAGAUGGAGCAGCCAAAGGAUUCGAAGAAGCCAUAGACAAGGUCAAGAAAUCUACAAAAUAUGCUUAUGAAACCACAAAAGAAAAGGCUUCUCAGGUUGCUGGAGAGAUAAGAGAACGUUACGCUGAGCUCUAA